AUGGGAUUCCGUUGCUUUAAUUGGCGUUUCGUCAUCGCCUUCGUCCUCUCCAUGGGCUUCCAGGGCGAGCUGGCUGGAGCUCACGGACGACGGCAGCUGGUGCAAAGCCUCGAGGCGGCGGAUGAUGGGGUGUGCACCGCCGUGGUGAGCCCUCAGGGUUACGAGUGCCGAGAAUAUGAGGUGAAGACGCAAGACGGGUACAUACUGACCAUGCACAGGAUCCCACAAGGAAGAGGAGGCGGCAGCGCGGGCAAGAGGCAGCCUGUGCUGCUCCAACAUGGAGUCCUCUCGGACGGGUUGACAUGGCUACUGAAUCCACCUCACCAAUCACUGGCUUUCGUACUUGCAGACAAGGGAUUCGAUGUAUGGAUUACGCACGGCAGGGGCACCAGGUGGAGCCGUCGCCAUGAGUCUCUCAAUACAUCAGACACGGCUUAUUGGGCGUGGUCAUGGGAUGAGUUGGCCAGCUAUGAUUUGCCUGCUACUAUGGGUUUCGUAUUCCAGAAAACUGGGCAGAAGCUGCACUAUGUCGGUCACUCCAUGGGAACUCUGACAGCUCUAUCAGCAUUCUCUGAAGGGAAGCUGGUGGAUAAGAUCAAGUCAGCUGCCCUUUUGAGUCCGGUGGCCUAUCUGACUUCCAUGACAACUACGAUCGGAAGAGCUGCAGCCAGCGCAUUCGCAGGAGAAAUGUUGGGAGCGCUUGGAGUGGCAGAAUUUGAUCCUAAAGGGGCAGUCGGAACCAAGUUUUUGGAGUUGGUCUGCGCUAUGCCGGGGGUGAAGUGCUACGACCUUAUGGCAUCAUUAACAGCAUUCAGACGUGGAGUGAUAACAAAAUACGACCACGGGAGCAGUACGGCCAACAUGGCUGCGUAUGGGCUGAGCAGCCCACCCGAGUACCAUAUGUCCAACAUUCCACACCACCUGCCGCUGCUGCUCAGCUACGGCGGCGGCGACAUGCUGUCGGACGUGAAGGACGUGCAGCUGCUGUUGAAUGAUCUCAGCAACCAUGACGCCGACAAGCUCGAGGCUCGGCUGGUGAAGGAGUACGCACAUCUGGACUUCGUGAUGGGGGUGACUGCCGAGCAGGUCGUCUACGACGGCCUCAUCGCAUUCUUCGACAAACACAGUUGA